CCCCAAAGCGAAAGCCGCUUUGCAAAUCAGUCGCAAAAAGUACGUCGCCAGAACGCAAAAACGAUAACUGGCCCGCUGCAAGAUAGCAAAAUUUGUAACAAAGUAACCAAAAAGGAAAUAAAUAAAAAGUUCAAAAUAAAAACAAAUUAAAUAGAUUUGAAAUUGUUAAAGGCAGCCAGAAAAUCUAGACGUGGUUUUUUUCGUAGGUAGCCACAGCAACGCGUUACGGGAGCAACGAACGGAGGCCAGAGCAGAGAAGGGAAAGACGAGAGACGGGAAAGAAGCAGCUGUAGGAGCAGGAGCAGAAGCAGAAGCAGGAGCAGGAGCAAUAGGAGCAGGAACAGCAGUUCGCGUAGAUCAGGAAGUUGAUAAGCGGAAGCACACAAUUUACUAAGAUGUCAUGGAGAUAUGCGCUACUCAACGACAGAUACAGCAGCAGCAUUGGUGAUAGAUAUAGUCCGCACUAUUAUCAGUCACCCAGCCGCUUGGAAACCUCAGAACAGACCACAGGACGCCAACUACAGCGCGUGCUACACUAUUCGAUGGCUCCAUGCCGUAGUCUCCCAGGUCUGAGACGGGCCGAGUGCGCCAUACACGAUGUUGACUGUGAUGAAGUCUAUCCGGGCAUUUACAUAGGCGAUGCCGCGGCGGCUAAAAACAAAACCUAUUUGAGGAUGAUGGGCAUCACACACGUUUUAAAUGCCGCGGAGGGUUGUCGUUAUGGCCAGGUCGAUACUGGGCACAGUUAUUAUCGGGAUAUGCCAAGUGUUAGACGCCAACAUAAGGAUUGCUUUUUUAGAUAUAUGGGAUUCCCCAUGAUUGAUGCCCCCACAACAGACAUUUCCCGUUAUUUCUAUGUGGCAGCUAAAUUCAUUGACAGCGCCAUCAGCAGUGGCGGUAAAAUCCUGGUACACUGCCUGGUGGGCAUGUCGCGGUCGGCGACCUGCGUUUUGGCCUACCUGAUGAUUUGCCGUAAAAUGUCCGCCGUAGACGCGAUACGCACGGUGCGUAUGCGUCGUGAAAUUCGACCAAACGAUGGCUUCCUGCAGCAGCUGGCCGAUCUCGAUAUGGAGCUGAAACGCAAGAAUCUUUAUCCUUACUAAGGAAAUACCAAAUUCAAACCCCCCCCCCCCACCCCUUCCCUUCCUCAACCACAAAAAAUAAACACAGCCUCCAACACAACCAAAGAGACACACAUACAAAACUAUCUAUGUUAAUGAAGAAGUUCAAACUGAGGGAGAUUAAGAAAGAAACACAAGUGCUACGUUUAUUCAUGAUCCUGAAAUCAUGAACUAAAAUUGUGAGUUCAUGUAAAGCAUACGUGUAAACGUUGUCAAUACACACACAUAUACUAUAUACCCCACAUUACACACACACACACAACAAGAAAAAGCGUUGUUCUAAACUAUUUAUAAUGAUAAAACUAACGACUUAAUGGUAACUUGGUCUUCUGAUUAAAAUAAAACCAAACAAAAAAAAAAAACAAACUAAAAACUGUUUAAAACUGAUCAACUGUAUAAUGAUAUAUAUACACACACAUGAAUAUAUAUAGUUAAACAUAAUUGGCCAUACUUCCAUAUAGUAGGAAACAAGUUACACUCGAAACUCUACAGAAUACAUAGCGACCUAGGCGUUACGAACCACCAUUCGCGAUCUUCAACAAUAAAUCACGUAACUUCAAAAAUCGAGCUGACAUUUUACCAUAUGAUAUAUGUAUGGUAAGUGUAUGUGCAGACUUAUGCAUAUAUAUAAAACCUAUACAUACAUCUUUAUAUACAUGUAUUCCUAUAAAAUGACUUUUUUUGUAUGCAAAACUCUUUCGAUUUAUGGUUCAUCUCCUACCUGCAUGUAGCCCAUAUACGAACACAUACAUAUACAUAUACAUAUAUAACAUACUAUUUGUAUGUGCAUAUGUAUGUGCGUACAUCUAUAGCUAAGAGCAUAUGUACUUAGGCGUUUAAGAAGAGCUGAAACAAAAAA